UGUAUUGAUGUACAUAGUUAAAAUGUAAACUCCAGAAUUUGUAAUUAGCCUCUCCUAUAGGACAUGGAAACUGUUGGGUGAUGUGUAUUUGGACAGCCAUCCAAUGGCAUCAGCAGGGUGGGCUGGGAUAGCUAUGGUCCUUGGCGCUGCUGAUGUUCUUCAUGCCUUUGCCAUUAUGGAAAAGGAAGAUGUGUUCAAGAAGACUCCUUGUCCAGCUUUCUUGAUGUUUGAGAAUGCUGCUUACUUGGCUGAUAUGAGCUUUGAAUUGCCCUGUAAUUGUAAACCAGAGGAAAUAACUACUGUAGUUUGGUACUUUCAAAAAAGCAUGGGCAGUCAGCAAACUAAGGUCUUGACAGACUUUGAUGGCACUUUGAUAGUAGACUCAAGCCAUGUCAAGGUGGGCAGUGACAUGCUCCGACGUUUCAGCAUUAGGAUGUUCAGUCUCAUUGUCUUCCGAGUUCAGGUGGAAGAUUCAGGGCAUUAUAUUUGUGGUACAAAGAAAGGGGAUUUCUUCUAUGGUUAUGAUAUAGAUGUACAGCCUUCAAGGGGCAUAGCUGUUGCCUUUGCAGAUGAGGGACAGCAUCCACAGAAUGACCUCCAUGAAGCAAAUUUCACGGUCUUCACCAUUUUCUGGGACUGGACCAAAUGUAACCGCUGUGAUGCCAGAGGUGAGCAACGGAGAAUUGGUCUUUGCUAUGUGAAGAGUCCUUCUCUGUUCAGGCGGUACCAUACCACUAUAGAAGAGAUGGCAUCUUGUGGCUCAAAGUCAGUCCCAAAGCAUUUUCUUCGUGGUAUUCAGAUGAGAAAGCCUGAAGUUGUUAUACGAAGUUGCAUGAUAUCUUGUAAGGGGAAGACACCCUCAAAUGAAGGAAAGGCACCCAUUUCAAACAUCAUCUCAAAGCUUGGAGAAAAACCUUGGGUUUCCAACAUCCCUAUUCAAUUCCACAGACAGUCCCUUGGCAGAGGAUUGAUCAUUGCCUGCCCCGGUGCUAGGCCAGAGCAUGCUGUUGCCUGGGAUAAAGAUUCAACUCGAUUGUACCUCACUAGGUUUCUCACUGGGGUUAAUAAGACAAUGAGGGUCUUCAUUGACCAUGGAAAUCACCUCCACAUUCGCUUUACCCAGAUGAAUGACAGAGGUAUUUAUUACUGCUGGCGAGAAGGAGAAAUAGUUGCUGGAUUCCGGCUAUCUGUAGUGUAUGAAAGCCGCCACAGACGAAGCCUUGAUGAUCCUGAAACUCAGUACGCUCUUAAGGCUAUUGUCACAAGCUAUGUGCUCAUCACCAUCUUCUUUAUCAUCAUUCACAUUGUUUGCUGUUGUCUCUAUGUGUUUAAGUGUACAGCUAUAGAAUAGCAUCUCAAGAAAAUUACCA